AUGGUGUUCAACGCUCGAGAACUGGGGCUUGAACUUGCACCAGACAACGAGGAGGGUCAGGUCAAGCAGACAGGAAUCCUGCACAGUUUGGAGCACCAGAAUGAAGACGCGGAGACGCGCUCGAAGCGCCUCGCCUGGGAAGAAGACAUUAGGAAAGAGGGCAAGAAAUACCUCCUAGAGGUAAACCCAAACUACACCAACAAAUCCACGUCAGACAUAUACAACCACAUCGACAUACGCUGGAUCGAUGUAAACAACGGGCUGUACAUCGACAUCACAACACUCCACGUCGCACCCGCUUCGGAACAGAAUUCCAUCGCCAACUCUCCCUACUCCAGCACCCACCCCUCAGCCCACGAAUCCGAUCCUGACGCCUUCGACGAAGAAACAUUACUCUACGUCAAAGACACCCACGCCUACCUCAACACCCAGAUCUUUCCCCUCCGCCAAUCCACCCUCGAGGGCGUAAACGUAAAAGUCCCAUAUGCGUAUGAGGAGCUGCUGCUGGAGGAAUAUGGUACAGAUGCCCUGACGGAGGAUUGGUACAACGGAUAUCAGUUCAACAAAAAGACAGGGCAGUGGAAGAAGAAAGGGCCGACGGAAGACCAGAAAGCCUAUUUCAGGAGGAAAAGCGGAAAGGAUCUGGGGAGAUUGAGUAGUACGGGGAGAAUUGGACAUGGGUGGAAGGGGCAUGGUGCGCUUGAGGGAGCACUGAAGGAGGAGGGUGUGCAAUUGGAUGUUGAGAGGGGGAGGUGGGUCGAGUAG